AUGUGGUUGUGGUUGUGGUGGAGUACUUCUACUCAUGUUCAAGCAGCAGAUGACAGUUUAAAGCCCGGUGAUACACUGAAUUUCUCUUCACCACAACUAUAUUCUCAGAGUGGCAAAUAUUUUCUACAUUUUUAUUCGAUAGCGGAUGAGGCAUCUAUUGAUACUUACAUGGCAAUAUAUAGUGCAUAUGACAAUAGCAUAGUCUGGAAGGGCAACAGAGAACAAUCUGUGGACCAAACUGAUGCAGUUCUAUCACUAAACUUCUCUGGCGUGCUGAAAAUAGAAUCUCAUUUUUUGGAAAAGCCAAUUAUUCUUUACUCUCCUCCUCAACCAAUCAACAACACUAUGGCAACUUUGUUGGACACAGGCAACUUUGUCCUUCAACAACUUCACCCCAAUGGGACAAAAACUCUCUUGUGGCAGAGUUUUGAUUAUCCCACCGACACUUUGCUCCCCACCAUGAAGUUAGGCGUUAAUCACAAAACAGGCCAUCAUUGGUUACUGGUUUCACAGUUGACCCAAAUGCAUGCGACUCCAGGUGUCUUCAGUCUUGAAUGGGAACCAACGGGACAAGAAAUGAUCAUAAGGAGACGGGGAAAAGUUUGUUGGCGAAGUGGGAAAUUUAGGAACAAUAGAUUUGAGAACAUUCCGGAGGAUGCACAACGCGUGUUGAAGUACAGCAUAGUGUCUAAUGAGGAUGAAGACUCCUUCUCCUUCAUAUCUAAAAAUGAAAAUCAUACACGGUGGUGGUUCCUAUCGGAUACUGGGCAGUUAUCUCACAAUCAAGGUUAUGUUGUAAGGGCUGAUCUUUGUUAUGGAUAUAACAACGAUGGAGGGUGCCAAAGGUGGCAGGAUAUACCUAAGUGCAGGAAUCCUGGUGAUGUGUUUACCAAAAAGAUGCUUUACCCCGAUUAUGAAUAUGUAACCUAUGACAAAAAUGAAAAUAUUAGUCACAGUGAUUGUGAGGCCAGUUGCUGGAGCAAUUGUUAUUGCAAUGGAUUCAAAGAAUUUACUGAUGGAACUGGAUGUAUAUUCUAUCAUUGGAAUUCAUCCGAUAAUAAUACUAUUGACGGUACUGUUUCUGGUGUAGACUUUUACAUACUGGAGAACACACGGAAAAUAACACCGCAUCAUCGCGGUAGGUCUACUGCAAACUUCCUCGUGCUUUUCUCAAUAGACUAA